GGCUGAUAUCAUGCAGCAGCGCACCGCGAUGCGGUUCCUGCAGGGUUCCCAUCUAUUCCACUCAAUUGCUGCCCAUUAUGUGUGGCAUCAGCUGCAUUGUCAGCCUUGAUCGCGCCCAGGGGCACGCCGCCGAUUGCCUUGAUGACACGAAGACUUUGACGACGCAGCUGGAUGACAGCCUUGAGCUGAUCAAGCAUCGAGGCCCUGAUUCGAGAGGUCAAUGGAUCAGCCCUGACAACAAAGUUGCUUUCGGGCACGUCAGGCUAGCCAUUAAUGAUCUUUCGCCUGAUGGCGCGCAACCUUUCCAUGAUGAGGAUGACAACAUCCAUGCAGUCGUCAAUGGAGAGCUCUACGACCACGAGGCCAUCCGUGCAUCAUUGGUCGAGAAGACAGACUACAAAUUCAAGAGUCGCAGUGAUUGUGAAAUCGUGAUUGCGCUGUACAAGUACUACGGCUUAUCUUUCCUGAGCAAACUACGCGGAGAAUUUGCCUUAUGCAUCUAUGAUGCACGCACUCAACUCUUCAUCGCGGCAAGAGACCGCUAUGGAAUCAAGCCGCUGUUCUACACUUUUGUGAACGAUAAGCUGUUGGUUGCUGCCGAGGCCAAGGCCUUCUUGCCGCUGGGUUGGAAGCCAAAGUGGGAUGUUGCAAGCUUGAAAGAGGCAGGAUGGAAUCACGAUGCUCGCACCAUCUUCAAGGGUGUUAGAAAAGUCCGCCCAGGCCAUUACUUCACGUGUCAAUCUUUCGACAAUGUCGAGUCACGACCAUACUGGGAUAUUGAAUAUCCAUUAAAGACCCUCACAGAGCUGCGAUCCGAUCAGGAGAUGAUCGAAGGCGUCAGAGAACAGAUGCUAGAAGCGAUCCGUAUGCGCCUUCGUGCCGACGUCCCAGUUGGGGUCUACUUGAGUGGUGGCAUAGAUUCAUCGGUCAUCGCUGGCAUGGUCACCCAUCUGGUCAAAGAGCAAGGCGAGCGAAUGGGUAACGACAAGGAGACUGAGCGUGUCAGCUGCUUCAGCAUAGCAUUCGAUGAAGACAGUGGCUUCGAUGAAUCUGCCAUCGCAAAUCGUACAGCUGACCACCUCGGCGUCAAGUACUACAAGAAGCACAUGAAUGAGGCGGAGCUUGCGGCUCGCUUUGAAGACGCUACUUGGCACUGCGAGCAUCACAACCCCGAUCUCAACUACGUCGGGAAGUAUGCACUCUCUGAGGUGCCGCAAGAGCUUGGUUUCAAGGUUGUGUUGACCGGAGAAGGUGCAGACGAGCAAUUCGGUGGAUACCCGAUGUACCUGCCUGACUACCUCCGCGAAGCUGACUUGGCAUACCCAUCAAAUCCACUCCCUGAGGAUGUGCGGAAAGCACGAUGCGUACAGACCGACGAAGAGGCGAGUGCUUACUACGAAUCGAUUGGCGCAGAUGGUACGAAUCGUGGCCCAUCUCUUCCACGACGCAUGCUUAACGACAUCACGACCGUGUCGUCCAUGACGGCCUUCUCCGCCAACUCGCUCUUUGCAGACUGGACAAGCAAUUAUGGCGCGUGCGAUCCACAGCUGACCAUCGCUAACUCUGUCGAUGGACGUGUCAGAGAUGUGAUGAACGAUGAGUGGCAUCCGCUCCACACGGCGCUUUACGUGUGGCAGAAAGGCCAUCUUUCCAACAUCUUUCUGUCGUGUCUGGGAGACAGAACAGAAAUGGCGCACUCAAUCGAGGCUCGGACGCCUUUCCUAGACCAUCACUUGACCGAGUACGUCAACGCGCUCCCCCCGAGUGUCAAGAUCAGGUGGGAUGCAGAAGAGAAGAGGUUCGUGGAGAAGUGGAUCUUACGAGAAGCAAGUAAGCCCUUCAUCACAGAAGAGUUGUAUAAGAGGAAGAAACACCCAUAUUCUGCGCCGACUACCUACCCAGAGAACGGUCCGCUACAGAAGCUGCUCGCUGUAUUGUUGACGAAAGAUAGAGUCGAAAAGCUCGGCUUUCUUGCAUGGAGCAAGGUCCAGGUGCUUGUUGACAAAGCCUUCGGGCAAAAGGACGCCAAUGCAAUGCGAUUUGCAUUCACUGUGGCACAGUGGGUUGUCAUUGGGGAACGUUUUGGGAUCGAGACGGCGGAUCCAGAGUCUGUUGGCAUAUCUUGAAACCCUUGAAUGCCUUUGGUACUGGGGCUUGUCAGCUUUGUGACCUUCUACGUCUUACACCCUGAAUAAAUGCUUUUCGGUCCUGACCUCGUUCGGCUUUGAAUGAACGUCUUCCUUCCAC